AGUCUCCGCCGGAUGUGUCCGGUGGUGUCACGUCAGUUCGUCACUGGGAGAAAUCAGAUCCUGAAGUUCCGCUGUGUGUUUGGAGAAAUGUUGAAGCUCUCUCUAAAUUAAAACACUCUGAUCCGGUUUCUGUAAAAACCCGGGACCAGCUGGACCUGCUGCCUCCCUGCGGGCCUCCGAGAGGACGAGGACUGGACUCUGCGGAGGACUCCACACUUUAAGGGGACUGAAGCUAACGAGGACUAGCCUCCAUGUCGGGGGGAGAGACGUCUCGAUGUGUGGCCUCGGCUCUGCGCUCGGCUCGUCCCCGUCCCUCUGCGCUCUGAUCCGGACUCAGCGAGUCCAGGUGACUUCCUCUCUCUGAUCCGGACUGACCGAGUCCAGGUGACUUCCUCUCUCUGAUCCGGACUGACCGAGUCCAGGUGACUUCCAUGUAGGUGACCGUUACCCUGAUAAACUAGUCACCGGUUUAACUCCAGCUAAGAGACCCGAGCCAUGGCGGACAGCUUCGGGGACAAGUCCAGCAGCGGUGCCCUCGGUUUGGGUGUCACCGCACCCGGCGCUGGAGCUCCUCUGCUGCCGACUCUGACCCCCUCUCUCCCGGGGGGACUCUCCGCAGCCACCGGGGCUCUCCCCACCUCCUCCCCGGCCUCCCCUCCCCUCGCCGCGGCCGCGCAGAGUGGCCUAGCCGCCCUGGUUGCUCCUCUGUCUGCUGUCACCGGGACCACCUUCACCCCCGGGUCUUCCCCUCCAGCCGUGGCCGGGUCCCCCACUGUGCACUCACCUCUCCCCGGGGUCGGGCUCGGGGUCGCCGGGGUGGCAGGAGCGGGCCUCCUGUCCCAGAUCCACGCCACCUCCUGGGACCCGACCCUCAGCACGGACUGGGACAACGAGAAGGCUUCCCAGCAGUGCAUCCUGAGGAUAAAGAGAGACAUCAUGUCCAUCUACAAGGAGCCUCCUCCAGGGAUGUUUGUGGUCCCCGAUCCUCAAGACAUGACCAAGAUCCACGCCCUGAUCACCGGCCCCUUCGACACACCCUACGAGGGCGGUUUCUUCCUCUUCCUGUUCCGCUGCCCCCCUGACUACCCGAUCCACCCUCCUCGAGUGAAGCUCAUCACCACCGGUCACAACACCGUUCGCUUCAACCCCAACUUCUACCGCAACGGGAAGGUCUGCCUCAGCAUCCUGGGGACGUGGACAGGUCCAGCAUGGAGUCCAGCACAGAGUAUUUCCUCAGUGCUCAUCUCCAUCCAGUCUCUGAUGACGGAGAACCCGUACCACAAUGAGCCCGGCUUUGAACAGGAGCGCCACCCAGGCGACAGCAAGAACUACAACGAGUGCAUCCGCCACGAGACCAUGAGGGUGGCCGUGUGCGACAUGUUGGAGGGUAAAGUUCCCUGCCCAGAGGCUCUGUGGAGCGUGAUGGAGAAGUCCUUCCUGGAGUACUAUGAUUUCUACGAGGGAGUCUGCAAAGAGAGACUUCACCUGCAGGGACAGAACAUGCAGGACCCGUUCGGUGAGAAGCGUGGCCGCUUCGACUACCAGGGCCUGCUCACUCGUCUCAGCGCGACCCACAGGCGCAUCCGGGAGAAAACCCUGGCGGAGGACGACCACAACGACGACUCAGACUCAGACACCAGCUCCUCAGGGACGGACCCUGACAGCCAGGGCAGCACCCAGCCCUGACUCCCUGCACGGUGCGCCACUCAAAGCCAAGGACCACAAAGACUACGGCACCUUUUUGUUUGUUUUGUUUACAGCGGAGGAGGAGGAGGAGGAGGAGGAGGAGGAGGAACAUAAUCACUGCAGAGAUUAAAACGCCUGCUUUUCAGGCCUUUAGAGAGUUCGGGAUCCAGGACGGGGAAUCAGGCUUCUGCUGACCCGGGUGUUGCAGAAAGAGAGCUGUAAGUCUCCGGAUGAGGAAAACUGAGCGCCAUCCACCCGUCAAAGGCUGGAGAACUUGGCCUGGAGCGGAGGGACUGUGCUACUUCUGCAGCUAACCAGCUGUCAGUUUGAUUCUACCCAAACACUCAGAAGAUUCUGAGACCGACCAACCGACCUACCAUCGUCCCUCGUGGAUACUAAAAGUCAUUUCACGGCUCAGGCCUUCGCAGACUCUGUAGGAUCAGAUUAAAAACACUUCAGACUCCUUUCUGACCCACAUGCUCAAACUGAGAAAUGCUGAGGCUUUGAAGUCCUGGCAGAUUCGGGACAAAUGAAGGAACCCUAAAUGGAGCCUAAGUCAGUACGAUGGUCCCGAGUCCCAGAGAGGAAGCAGACUCUCCUUCACAGUCGCUCAGUUUUCUUUGAAUUCAAGCGGAGAGGAAGAGACGGGACCUCUCUUUUGAGAAGGCCGAUUUGGAGGGUGACACUUUGGCUUUCUUUGAGUCCCGUGCCUUGUCUCCUCUGGCUCCAACAGCUCUCUCUACCGGACCUCAACCGCCUCCAACUGGGCCACAUACGACAUCAGCAGCUCGCCGUACUGAAUACAAUGAUUCCUGUGUGUGUGUGUGUGUGUGUGUGUGUGUGUGUGUGUGUGUGUGUGUGUGUGUGUGUGUGUGUGUGUGUGUGUGUGAGUGUGAGUGUGAGUGUGUGUGUGUGUGAUUCAAAAAGUUCUGCCUAGUUUUGUGUUCUUGUGUUGUUGAAGUCACCAGAUCAGAAGUCUUUAGAGAAACGUCAGCUGGUCUCCCGCUGGUCCUCUGUGUUCUCCUCACGGUCGUGCUGAAGCUGAUCUGCAGCGUUCAGGGUGCGUCUCUUUCGUGUGACCUGCUGUUCUUUUGGUUUAAGCUACUCGUCACCAUGCAAACGUACCCUCCUCUUCUUUACCCGAGCCCGCCUGAGGAUUCUGGGGAGACGCACGGAGGCACGAAAAGUUCACUUCCUGGUGUGCUCCGUCUGAACGAGAGAAUCAGGUCUUUACUGCUCCACUUGAUUUGAUUUAAUACCUCUUAAUUUGGUGAAUAAGUGUUAAAAUAAACACACAAAUACUGAAAAUAACUCCUAUUCAUGUGCGUGCUUUCUCCACCAGAGGUCGCCCUCGCACACAGUCUGGAUUAAACAGGUUCAAACAGGCUUUAGGCAAACAGUGCACUUCAGAUCCAGCAGCAGCAGCAGCAGCAGCAGCUCCCCCCUGCUGUGAAACUUGGAACAACAUAAACAUAACAAAUCUUUAAUAAGCAGAAUAUGUAUAUUUGGUGUGAGAGAGCGGACAGGAAGGUGACAGAUGUUGCCACAGCAUCUCGUAGUGUGAAGACAGAGAGGAAGGAAAGAGAAGGAAGGGGAAAUAAAGGAAAGGUUAUGGUUUUUACAGACGUGCUGACACGCCUGACGUUUGUUGAACGUGUUAUUGGUCGCUGUAAUCGUUCCCCGUGUUUGUAACGGCGGUGAAAAUGAGAGCGAGGACUCGUCUGCAGACUCAUUCAGAUCUAAAGAUGCUCCAGAUGAGUGAGUUUGAAAAGUGGAGAGAGUUUUUGUGCCAGCUGUGAGACGACAGGAAGAGAGGAUGAAGGUAGAGUCUGAAACCCCUCCUUUUCUCUGUCACAGUUUAGUCUUUUAUUUACUUUCUAUCAAAGAAAUGAAGAAGAUUACCUCCCCUUUAUAUCCGUCAAUAUUAAACUACAGCCACUUAGCUUAGCUUAGACAGUGUCAACAAGACAUAAAGGGGGAGUAAAUCAGGCUAGCUGUUUCCCUUUGUUUACAGUGUCUAAGCUAAGCUAAGUGAAGCUAUGGCUGCUUAUGACAGUGUAAACAAAGAUAAAACAGCUAGCCUGUCUCUGUCUGUUGAUCUCACAUAUUAAUGUGUUUAAAUCCUGAAGAAGACAAAAUCACUUUAUCCUCAUUUUAGUUAAACUACAGAAAACUUACCAAGUGACUCUUUAAAUAUAACAUAAAUAAAUAUAGAAUAAAUAACAUUUAAAGAUAAGAGGCGUCUCCCUGUGGGAUGACACACAGGUACAAUAAAUAACAACCGCAGUAAAGUGGAUGAAGAUGUAAACAGGAAGUACUAAUCUGUGUAUUAACAACACAGUGACAAGAGAUGGUCGGGGUCCAGGUGCUCCUCAGGCUGCUCUCACAUCUGUGCCCCCUAACAAACGAGUACUAAUGAUCAGCUGUUUCCCUGUUUCCUGUCCGGCUAAGCUAAGCUCCCCGUUAGCUUAGCAUCCAACAGAGUUAAUCUUUAAAUUUCUUCUGAAACAGAAAGGGGAUAAAAGUUGAACUGCUCCUUUAACUCCAGAUCUCUUAAUGAGCAAAGCCUCUUUCUUUUGCUCUUCUUUAAACUCUUCCACCUGGGCUGAAAACAGGUCCUGAUUUUUUAUUUUCCCGUCCUCCAUCGUCCUCCAUAGUCCUCCAUAGUCCUCCAGCAUCCUCCAUAGUCCUCCAUCAUCCUCCAUCGUCCUCCAUCGUCCCCCAUAGUCCUCCAUCAUCCUCCAGCAUCCUCCAUAGUCCCCUAUAGUCCUCCAUUGUCCUCCAGCAUCCUCCAUAGUCCCCCAUAGUCCUCCAUCAUCCUCCAUAGUCCUCCAUAGUCCUCCAUCGUCCUCCAUCAUCCUCCAUAGUCCUCCAUAGUCCUCCAGCAUCCUCCAUAGUCCCCCAUAGUCCUCCAUCAUCCUCCAUAGUCCUCCAUAGUCCUCCAUCGUCCUCCAUAGUCCUCCAUAGUCCUCCAUAGUCCUCCAGCAUCCUCCAUAGUCCCCCAUAGUCCUCCAUUGUCCUCCAGCAUCCUCCAUAGUCCUCCAUGAUCCUCCAUAGUCCUCCAUAGUCCUCCAUCGUCCCCCAUAGUCCUCCAUAGUCCCCCAUAGUCCUUCAUCGUCCUCCAUAGCCCUCCAGCAUCCUCCAUAGUCCUCCAUAGUCCUCCAUCGUCCUCCAUAGCCCUCCAUUGUCCUCCAGCAUCCUCCAUCGUCCUCCAUAGUCCUCCAUAGUUUCCCAUGGUCCUCCAUGGUCCUCCAUGGUCCUCCAUGGUCCUCCAUUGUCCUCCAUCUUCCUCCAUCUUCCUCCAUCUUCCUCUAUUGUCCUCCAUCGUCCUCCAUAGUCCUCCAGCGUCCUCCAGGGUCCGGCUUCAGUCCCUCAGUCUCCCCUGAGUCCCUCUUUAUUUCGGGCAUUCCUCUCGGUGUGUUUUUAUGUUAUAGACUGGUUAUAUGAGAAGCAGAUUAUAUGUGAUUGCCAAAAUGUUGAGUGAGGCUCUGGUUGAGGCUCUGGUCUCCUGUUCCUGUUUGGUGGUGUUGUGUUGUGCUGAAGUAAAGCAGGGUUCUUCUGUGUAGCCAUGGUUACUGGCAGAAGUCAUGUCUGGGUGUUGAAAUGUUGCUAUUGUACAGAAGUUCUGGGAAAAACAGAAUAAAAUGUUGUCCAGUCUU